AUGCAGACUUCCUCCUCCCUUAUUAUCCCCGCCAUAAUUUUUCUCGCCCAAUUAGCUUCAAUUUACAAAGAAACAUUAGCAGCAAUUUCAACAACAUUUAAUACUGACCAUUUCAACACACAACCACAAAUACUUGAAAAUUGUCCAUCCAAAUGUGAAUGCCAAAGAAUUGGGAGAGCUAAAAUCACUGGAAUGGAUUAUUCCCUUCCAAAAAAUAAAAGUGAAGAGGAGGAAGAGGAAGAAGAAUAUUCACAAUUUGUUGGCCUUUCAGUUAGAUGUUUAAAAGGAUCUAUGAAUGACAGCGAAUUUCUUUCAUUACUACAAAAUGUGCCUGUUGAUGUUGAACAUUUGGAAAUACGUGGGGCACCCGGGAAACCAAAUAAAUUGCAUUGGUCCGAUAAUCUCAAUCGACUAUCCCGUCUUCAACAUCUCGCCUUAGUUGAUUGUUCAAUGCCUGCCCUUUCUCAAUCUAUUAGAUUACCUCUACUUUCACAGCUUUAUUUAAUGGGUAAUGAACUGGAACAAAUUCAGCUUGGGUCUUUUGUUGGUAUGCCAAUGUUAGAAAUGCUAGAUUUAAGUGGUAAUAGAAUAAGUGCACUCUCAACUGGAGCUUUUAUUUAUUUAAAGAAUCUUCGCCAUCUCAGACUCAGCCAUAAUCGACUUGGAGGCCCAGACCUUUCUACUGGCAAUUUGCUUCGAGGCCCAAGACAUUUAAAAGAAUUACAAUUGGACGGGAACAAAUUAAGUGCCAAACAAUUGAACGAAUUACUUCCGGAUGUAACAUCACUAGAAAGGCUUGAAUUAAAUAAUUGCGGCUUAAAUGACGCGGAGCUUUGGUCUUUAAAUUUGAGUGUAGUUCCAAAAUUGAAACGAAUUGGUUUAGCAAGCAAUAAUUUAACACAAGUUCCAAGUGCUUCGCUUAGAGCUCUACCUUCCCUACAAAUUCUCGAUCUACGCGAAAAUUUAAUUCGUUCAAUCGGUCCCUGUGCCUUUUGUGGGAUGAAUAUAACAACAGUGCUUCUUGAAGGAAAUCUUUUGGGAUUAACAAAUUCAAAACCUUUCCAUCGUGAAUCUUUUGCAGACACACAAUUAAUUGAAUUAGAUUUAGGAUGGAAUCAUUUUCGAAACUUUGAUUCUUCAAUACUUUCAGGUAGGAUUGGGUUUGGUGGUCCCCAACCCGUCUAAG